AUGACCAGCAAUCCGCUCUCGAUCUUCAUCGUCGGAGGCCACGGCAAGGUGGCACUCUCGUUCACACGCCAGGCGGCGGCGCGCGGACACAAGAUUUUCAGCCUGAUCCGCCAGCCCGAACACGCGGACGACCUGCCCAAGGGCUCGUCUGGCACGGUCGAGCCCGUCAUUGCAUCGCUCGAGCAGUCGUCGGUCGCCGACAUUGCGUCGCUCUUCGCCAAGUACGCGCCCAGCGUCAUCCUCUUUGCUGCUGGAGCAGGUGGAAAGGGCGGGCCAGAACGUACAAAGGCCGUGGACGAGCAUGGUGCCAUCAAGGUGUUUGACGCUAUCGAACAGAGCGGCAUCGCCAAGGCGGAGCACUUCCGCCGCUUCCUCCUUGUUUCGGCGGUCGACGUGCGCGACAAGAACAAGCCGCCUCCUUCGUGGUACCAGAAGCCAGACCUCGAACGCUCGGAAAAGACCCGCAACGCCAUCGGCGCCUACAUGGAUGCUAAGUACGCCGCCGACAAGAACUUGUCGGGCCGAACCUCUUUUCCCUGGUUUGUCCUCCGUCCGGGUGGGCUCCUCGACGAGCCAGGCACUGGCAAAGUCGCUCUCGGCAUCCACCAGAGCCUCGUCCACUCUAUCCCGCGAGAGGAUGUGGCAGCGACGCUUCUCGAGGUUGCCCAGCUUCCCAAGGGGCAGGCGGACGGCCUGAUGCUCGACUUACUUUCGGGCGACCACGACAUCCCCUCUUCGGUGCGCGAUGCCGUCGAACGAGGCCGCACUGACUUUGAAGGCUGA